UCAUUCAAUCAUCUUGCGGAUGAACGAGAGGUCACGACGCUGUUCACCACACACUGAUGCACACACCACACCCAACGUCACGCACUGCAGGAGCUGGGCGAUUGAAUGAGGACCGAACUCGUACAUCAUCAGACCCAUUGCAUGACUGCUGUUGCAUCGAGCUGCGAAUCACAUACCUGCCGCUAAGUUCGUUCGUACAGACGCAAACUGGUUGGCGAUGGCAGCAUCAGUAUGUAGCAUUUCCCAUAAUGGGCGCAACAAACAAGGGGAGCUCAAGGUCUUCAAUAUAUUUCCUGCGUGAAGGCAGUCCAGACGCGACACACACGAGGGUACAAGAGGGGCCAGCGAAUGCAUCAAUUUGUGGAGUGUCUGAGCCAGCCGGUCUCACUGCACUGCCCCACUGCCCCACUCACUUGUAUUUUCCAGGGUCCGGUCCGAAGAUGCUGUGCGGACAGAAAGGAGACAUGAUGCAAGGAGACACGAUGCAAGUCAUUGCAAGGUUGCAUGAGGAUAAGUCACCUGAUGUGCCAGGGGAACAGCUGGCUGAUGGCCUCCACGCGGUCGCGCACUUGCUUUUCCUCCGCAGUCUGGUCACCCGGCUGUAGCAGCCAGACCUUGUUGCCUGCAUGGUCGCACCAAAGAGACAUACGCAUGAUCGCAUGAAUGCACCAUAUAUAGCGUGCCGCUCACCCAGGGCGUACUCGACAAUCUCGUUUGAGAUUCCACCCGUCCAGGUGAACUUCUUCUCAAAGAUGGAGGAGUGGCCAAAACCAAACACCAGGAUGCAAGCAGUGACUGUUGUGCCGCCAUCAAUCGUACUGCUUGUUGAAGUUCGUGUCCAAGUAGAGGAGGUGAGGCAGAAUUGUGAAAGGUGUCUGUCCGCCUCGCGUCAAUUCGUCAAGGGCCUGAAAGGACCCGAACAAGGCGGAGACACAAGGGGACAGCCCCAGCCGCUCAGACGGGUCGAUGCGUGCAACUUGGCUGACUUUUGCAUUCGCCUUGGCGGAUUUGUGGAAAAGCUUCGCAAGCUCGUGAGGCUUUUUGUCGAGCUUGUCGAGGAGUUCCUGUGCGUAGCUGCAAAGACGAGAAUGUGUCGACUUGUCAUAGAUCCGCAGAGAGAGAGCUUACGUUGGAGCGAUCCUCUUGUGCACUUUGGGCUUGAACAGCUGAUCGCGGAACGACUUGACGGCCUCCCGUCCGCGGACUUCCAUGGCCGUCUCGAGGUCCAUGUAUCUGAUGCCAUCACAGAGACAAGGCGCAUUCUCCAGUCGUGCACAUACAAGUCAAGCCGGACCCGAGCAUUGAGCGGUCAUUCAUGUUGGCGCUGCCAAUCUUCACACAAACAAACGAACAAACAAGCAGAAAGAAAACAAGUGCAGCGUCUGAGCAGCUAGCUCAUCGUUCGCUACUGCUUACAAUCGCAUACUCUCCGUCCACAAUCAUUGCCUGCACACAUAGCCGCCAAGAGAGAGAGGAACAAAUCAGCGGAGACACAUGAUAAGAUGUAUAGUAUAGUGUCCUUCUUUCCUUGCUGUGGACGUAUGUAUUGUAGAAGACGAUCUCCCCGUUCCGACUGUCAAAGUCGGGCGCCUGCUCUUUUCCCUCUUUUGCCUGUUGGCGUCGUUUUUCCAUCUCUUUGUUUGUCUCGAAGUCAGCUUUGCCCUGAUGUGUACAAGAGAUGACGACGCACACAUGCUUAAGUGCCAGACACAACAAUCAGGCGCCUUACAUGGAAAAGAACAGUAAAGUAGUUUUUCAGUUGCUUGCUGGUCACUUUGUUGGUGCCCGUCUUGGCGUCCUUCUUGCGUGCCUCCUCCAGGACUCUCUCCAAGGCCGGAAUGAGCCCGCAAUCCUUAUCUGAAGGUCGGCAAGUCACAAUGCAGCCCUUUUGAGCACCCAUGAGCCUCUGUGUAUGAUGUCGGAGUACCGAAAAGGGUGAAGUAUCGGUUGUAAAACAACUGAAGGCACACGCAGACAACAGAGCUGUGUCAAAGCAGACAUCCAUGCGCCUGUGUGGCUUACGAUCGCUUCUUUUGCGGACAUUGAUGUCACGAGAACGACCGAGAAGUCCUCAUUUUUCUCGAUUGCUCGCUUGAUGCGCCUGUACAUCGAUAAACAACACUCAUUUAUCAUCUCAACCUUCUCUUUCCACCUACUUGUAAAGAGACUUGCCCAGCUUGUUUUUUGCGUGGAAGUUUUCACUCUCGGAAUCCCACCUACAGCUUUCUGGCAGGUCGGCUUUCAAAUCUCCGGAAGCCGGCUUGAAUCGCGGCUGUAUGAAAUCAUGCGGAUCACUUAUUAAAUCCGGGUUCGGAGAGAAGGGGCGCUGAAAGUGAUAAGCAGAGGGAGCAGACAUCAGUCGUCAGGCAUGUCGAUAAUCUGCUUCUUUCAGUCGACCAGGGCACUGGAGAUAAAGUACUGAUUCUCAAUGUAGACAUACUACAGAUGGCAACAGACAGAGACAUCAACCAGGUGAGAAGGGGAAUUACCAAGGGCGCCUCUAUGUGCUCUCUAUGUAUAUAAGGUGAAAUCUUCUUUGCGCCGUCGAUGAGUCUCAGAGUGGUGUCGUAAAUGGUCGUGCUGAGUAUACACAAGAAGACACAGCGAACAACGAAUGUUCAUUCGUGUGUAUGUUGGAGACACUUGUCGGCUUUGCUUACAUGGGAUAAGAGUAGCCUGCAUUUCUUAGCCAGUACCAGUCGCCAGUCACAAGCGCACGGCAUUCAGCGUUCGUCGCGCCAGUUGCACUUGCGUAUUUGCCUCCCAAUAGAGAGCGAUUAAUCUUCCUGAGUCUGUCGCCACGUGAAGUUUUGUCAACCUUCAAAACUUCUUUCCACUCGUCGGCAGUGGGCGGCAAGUUGUUGGAUUGGCACUGAAAAGGAGAACCGCGCUUUCUUUGCUUUUUGUUUUAUGGUGUUUACCAUGUAUUCGAAGAUUUUUUCUCGAUCUGCAAACAGACUCGUGAGCUUGUAGGCAUCGAAGUUCUCUUUGAGGGUCUUGCAUCCCUUUCUCCAUCUGGCACGCACCGGAACGGCGGUAAAGGGGCAGAGCGAAUAUGAGGCAGCAGCAGAGGAAACAAAGAGAUAACGCACCGAUUGAUGUGCACAGAUGCGAUGUCCGCAGCCGCUUUGCCAGUGACUCGGCACUGGGUGUCAUGAUGGUGCUUCUUAGCCGAUCUCCGCUUCAUGUGGUAGCGGUCAUGUGAAGGUGUUUGGAGUUUGUCAGUAUAAAUGUCAAUCCCUACGGUAGACACACACAAUCCGCCGGAGUGUAUGAUAAGCUGGAUGCACAACUUUAUAUACCGCCAACAUAAGCGAUUUCUCUGUUGAUGAUGACAUUCUUCACGUGUGCCAUCCGUAUUGCCUCCAUAUUAUCACCUGGCUUCUGGACUCACAUGGAUCAAAGAGAAGAACCGAUGAUACAUACAAACACAUGACGCCAAACCUUGUAGGAGCACUCAGUAUCGUCCUGCUUGUAUGAAGCGUAACCCCUGCACAGAUUUGUACGAGUUGUGAGAGACAUGGUAUUGGGAGGCUUUUGAUUUGGCGACUAGCGCAGCCGACCAGUCGGAGAAAUAGAGGAUACCGAGCUCCCAGAGUUUCUCCAUAGUGUCGAUCUUGGUGUUGUACUCAUCUUGAAAUCGGCCGGCGGCCAUCUCUAUAUAGCACGACACAGGCAUUGGAUGUUGCGGGCAGGAUGAGAGCCUCCUGAUCGUGUCUCUUACCGUAGCCGAGUACGUAUACUUUAACGCCCUGCUCACGUUCAGUCGGAGGAAUACAAAGUCACAACACAUGAGUUGCUUACCGUAAAAUAGAGAUGCCGCAAGACGUUUUGCAGUGUACUCUCUGGCUGGUGGGAGCCCAUGAGAGGUGUAUCGAGGUCGGUGUGCCAGCCGCUGAGAUGAGCGAGAAGCUGUGAGUCGACAGAGAAUGAUAUGCUAUAUCGCCUACGCGAUGAUCACUUCGUUCUCCCUCCCUAGCGGAUUAGAGUUCAGACGAGGGCUCAU